AUGGCUAAGUUAAAACGUGAGAAAAAGCUUAUCGACAUUUGGGUGCGCAUCCGCUGCACAGGUGGACGCAGCUUCCGCUCGCGCCGCGAGCGAUGGUGGUUCAUCGCCGUCGCAAACUGCAACUCGACGCGCGGCCUCCACCUCGACUACAAGAUCCUCAUGACGAACGGGCCGCCGAGCGACAGGUGGCGCUACCACUUCUCCGCCGACGAGUUCUCCGUCCUGCAGACGGACAUCGCGUUCUUCGUCUGCUCGUGCGCGCUCGUCGUCGUGACGAUCGUCUUCGGCUUCGCGCUGCGCCAGCGCCAGCUGCUGCACACCACCUACCGCAUGUUCAUCGCCGUGCAGUGCCUCGACACGGGCGCGCUGCUCUUCGCCGUCGUCGCCAACGUGCGCUACAUGGCGGACGGCGUCGGCGCGCCGGGCGCGCGCACGCUCGCGGACGUGCUCGCCGCCGCGGCGACGCUCGUCUUCCAGCUGCUGCUCAUCCUGCUCGCGAAGGGCUUCACGGUGACGCGCGGGAGGCUGCGGCAGGCGAGCGCCGUCAAGAUCGCCGUCUUCAUGACGGUGUACGGCGUCGCGUACGCGUGCGUGUUCGUCACCGAGGCGGCGCUCUUCGACCCCGGACUCGUGCUGUACACGUACGAGAGCCUCGCCGGCUACGUGCUCGUCGCGAUCCGCAUCGUCGGCUGGCUGUGGUUCGUCUACGCGACCAUCUUCACCGUCAAGCACUACCCGGAGAAGUGGCGCUUCUACCUGCUCUUCUUCGCCGUCUACUCGGCGUGGUUCCUCGCCGCGCCCGUCGUCGUCGUCGUCGCAAACUUCCGCAUCGCAAAGUGGGUUCGCGCGAAGGUCGUCAACGGCAUCGAGCGCGCGAUCGGCUUCGCCGGCCGCGCGUUCUUCCUCGCGCUCACCUCGCCCGUCGCCGUCAACAAGGUCAGGCAUGGUAAGAACCAGAGCAAGACGUGCGAGGAGAGAGAGUCGAUUCUCAAACGUGAGAACGGGCAGUUCAUCAACCUGACGGCGCAGUACCACUACUCAGGAUGCACGAACGUCGUGCAGGGAGACAAGUCGGAUGUCUACUUCACAAGCCGCCAGCGCGCAUCUAAUUGA